AUGGUGGUCGUUUCCCCUGCUUCUGUUUUGCUUCGUUCCCUCCCAGUUUUUUCCCUCGUUCUACCCUCCCCUCCCCUCGCGCUGCAUCCCCGCUUCCCAUCGCGCUGCAUCCCCGCUUCCCAUCGCGCUGCAUCCCCGCUUCCCAUCGCGCUGCAUCCCCGCUUCCCCUCGCGCUGCAUCCCCGCUUCCCCUCGCGCUGCUUCCCAGCUUCCCCUCGCGCUGCGUCCCCGCUUCCCCUCGCGCUGCUUCCCCGCUUCCCCUCGCGCUGCUAUUCCCAUUCCCUACGCGCUGGUUUUCCUCAUUCCCUACUGGCGGCUUUCCCCUUUCCCUUCGCCCUGCCUCCCCCUGUCCUAUACGCACCUUCCCCCUUUCCCUACCCGCUAG